AUCGUGUCAGAGAGCCGAGGUGUAGCAAACAGUCCCGGACCAUCAGCGUAGCGUAGCGGGCAGAGUGUCCGGCCUAGAGUGUCACUGUCCUCGGACGUCAGGAACCAGAGUGCCCUCCCUCCCCACGGUGAAUGACUGAUCCCCGGCAUGUGAAGCCGCUUUCUCCUUGGAUGACCUACACGCCACCUCUCUCAGGAGCAGCGGACGUCGCGUCGUUACAGCUGAACACCUGCUGGUCAGCAGGAGCGGCGGGGUGCGUAAUAAUAUACAGCGGGCAACAAGUCAAAGCGAGUCUCCUGCAGGCUUCAGGCCGACCCUGGAGCACCUGACCUGGCGAACAAAAUAAGACACGUUGCGAAAAUUUUUCCUAUCGUGGCUGCGUCAGGAGGAGCGGACAGAGGACUGGAAGUUGCAGAGUUGAUAGUCAAUGUGUGCACCUGAUUAUUAGCAAGACAGGCCGGUUUUUAAACACUGACACUACAGGAUUUCCUGGGGUUACUGGCGUUCACAUGAUGUACACAAUCACCAGAGGUCCCAGCAAACUUGUUACACAACGGAGGACAGGUCCCACACAACAGAUCGAGAGCAAAUUCAGCGACUUGAAGCUCAAGCCGACGUCUUGGCUCGCAUCAAACUCGCCACCCCCCAAGAUUGUGUUCAACCGCCUCAACGGGAAGCGCUACCACAACGCAGCCACUCAGAAAACCGACAGCCCAGCAGAGGGAUUCACUCCUGCACAUGAGGAGAACGUCAGAUUUGUGUAUGAAGCGUGGCAGGAGGUGGAGCAGAAGCUGGGGGAUGGGGACGGCGGGGAGUCAGCCGGCAGCCAGGGGCCCGUUCAGUACACUGAGAAGACCCCCAGUGCUGCGAUGAAGAACUUUGUGCCCAUAGACCUGGAGGAGUGGUGGGCUCAGCGCUUCCUCGCCAACAUUGCCAACCUGUCAUGACUGGUUGAAGCUUUGAGCCGGGACAGGAAGCAAUGCAUUGAUGCUCCAUCGGUGAAGGCAUCACGGGAGUGGAGAGAAGCAGAGUCCGUCUCCAGGAUCUGCGGUGCGAAAGGGUCGUGCGUAAUUUGGAAUCUGAUCUGACACCCUGCGCUUCACGCUGCUGUAGAGAAAACUGGGUGCACAACACUGACCUGACUGUGAACACAGCGCUGACUUGAUGUUGUGCUGCUGCAAAGGACCCGUCUCUCUCUACUUGAAUGACGUAUCGAAUAGAAGUUGUGAGAUUUUUCUUGUUGAAGAACCCGCCUCCUUUCUCACGUGUGCUCAGCUGUAUGUAAGUCUUGGCUGAUCUUUGGAUAUAAAUCUACUGAAGAGCAAAAAAAGUAAAAUGUUUUUCAAAAAUG